AGUGGUACCUUUUUAAGGCCUCUUUUCCUUUUAACCACCACCUUGCUGGCUGCCAAAAGAAAUGGCGAAUCGCACCCAGUUCUACUUUUACGCGCCCACAUGGGACAUUCCUGCUGAAGGCCCCAUCAAGAUUGGCAACGUCCUCAGGUCGAUCGAGAACCCGGAGACGCCGCUGGCAACGGUGGUGCCGCCGUCCACCACCCCGAUUACAAAAACGGACGUGGUCAUCUCGCACGCCGAUCUCCGGCAGGGUCGCCUCACCAUCCUAACGAAAUUCCUUGAAGUCCUGAAGCUCGGCGGCGGUGUCCGCUAUAGUAACAACGCCGAGGCCCUCCACUCGUACGAGCAACUCGUAACCACGCAGUUCUUCCCCGACGAGGACUACCUGCAACAGUGCCUCGACGCGCCGCGCGUGAAGCGGUACCUCGAGCUCUCCCGCUGCAAAAAGCCCGUCUACGUCAUCACGGGCCUCAAGACCGUCUACGGCGCCAGCGCGGAAUCGCGCGCGUCCCGCGGCCGCGGCGGCCAUCUCGAAGGCGGGGUCGACCCCACGCUCCUGAGCGGGGGCGCGGCGCCGGCGGCGGUGGAGGUGGCUGCCGACCUGAGCAGGGACAAAAGCACCGGGGUGGCCUGGGGCGGCAGCGAGCCCUUUGUUCUCGCCUUUAGGGUCCGGAGGGUCUACGCGCACAAGGACACGGGCGAGGUCCGCAAGCAGGAAGACUACAAGCGUGGCGCCUUGCUGGGGAACGAAACUGGAGGGGGAGUCGUGCAUGGGCCCGGCUUUCUCGUCUCCAAGAUGGACGACCCCGAGGACGAAGGCGAAGACAGUUUCGGCGUGACCGAGGGUGAUACUGAGGUGGUCUGCGCCUUUUCCAAAAAGUCCCCUGAGUGAGCGGCCGCGACUUGCAAAAUGCCUGGCGAAGGAGAACUUCAAUCCGAUUACAGUCCAGGGCUGUUUCCAGCCUCCUCUCAUUCCUGCUCCAUUGGUCUUAUCACCUCGAGAGCAGUGCCCUAAGGUUCCUGUGCACCUCGUCCUCGUCCCCGCCAAAGAAAUUAUGAGAGUGCCUGCUGAAAUGCACGCUGUCGUAGCGGUCCGUCUUCGGUCCCCUGACUCUCGUGCUGUCCUGCGCGAUGGUUUCGAAUACCCUCUUCAUCUUAUCCUUGUCCUUCAUUCUCUCGGCCUUUUCCUUGCCUAGAUGAGCCCGCGCAUACCG